AUGCCCAUCUCCUCACUGCUCCACGCACCUGCCGUUGCCGCUGCCGCUGCUGCUGCUUCGGCUGCACCUGAUGCCUCAUCUGGCUGCGGCUACCGUCUGCACAUCCGACAUGCCCACCUCGGUGAUCUGCAAUGGCAUCGCCAAGGCCGCCAGCGCCGCAUGUUCGUGCCACGUACUACUUACUGUGCCACAUACAUGAAUGCCUAA